AUGUGGAGCAGUCCCGCCAGUUAUCAAAACGGAAAUGAUGCAGUUUAUGUCGGAAACCGGAAUUUUUCCAAGACUGGGUUUUGUAGUUUUAACCUGAAAACUGGCGGCGUAUGCGCGCAUAUUGAAUGUCACUUAAAAAAACUACAGCUCCCGUGUUCAUUUGAACCUUACAACAUGGCCGCCUCCACUGUUGCAGCGAGUGAGCUGCUACAUAAUAUGAAUAAACAGAUAUCAAUAUUGUAUCCAAAGGCUUCGUGUGUAAUUAGACGAAUAAGCACAUCAAGCUCACGAUGCGACAGUCAACCGCAGCUGAGAGCAAAAAGUGCUCCCCAGCAGCUGGUUGGAGUGGUGGGCUUGGAAAUCCAUGCCCAGAUUAACUCCAACACCAAGCUAUUCUCCGGCUCACCGGUUCGCUUCUCGGCACCUCCAAACUCCCUGGUGUCAUUCUUUGAUGCGUCAUUACCUGGCACUUUACCCGUCCUGAACAAACGAUGUGUUGAGGCCGCAGUGAUGACAGGAUUGGCUCUCAACUGCACCAUAAACAGGAAGUCACUUUUUGACAGGAAACACUACUUCUAUGCUGACCUCCCUGCUGGAUACCAGAUCACUCAGCUACGGCAGCCCAUUGCAGUGGAUGGCAUGCUGACUUACAGCGUCCUUGGAGGAAAAAAGAGGAGCCAGGUGAUCAGAAAAACUGUCAGCAUCAAACAGAUUCAGCUGGAGCAAGACAGCGGCAAGAGUCUCCAUGAUGACCUCCGCAGCCAGACACUCAUAGACCUCAACAGAGCAGGUGUAGGUCUAAUGGAGCUGGUGAUGGAGCCAGACAUGAGCUGUGGAGAGGAGGCUGCUGCAGCUGUCAGAGAGCUUCAGCUCAUCCUGCAAGCCCUGGGCACCUGUCAAGGCAACAUGUCUGAGGGACAGCUGAGAGUAGAUGCCAAUGUGUCCAUCCACAAACCAGGUGAGCCCCUGGGCAUCAGGACAGAGGUGAAGAACAUCAACAGCAUCCGAUACCUGGCCAGGGCUAUAGACUACGAGAUCCAGAGACAGAUCGGUGUCCUGCAGAGAGGGGGGACGGUGCAAAAUGAGACCCGAGCGUAUGAUUCCAAGUCAGGGGAGACAAUUCCUAUGAGGGACAAAGAGGGCCUUCAAGACUACAGAUUUAUGCCAGAGCCCAACCUGCCCCCUCUGAUUGUGUAUGAGGAUAACGCAUCGCUGCCCACUGGCAUUGAUGCGUGCCAGGCGGUGGUGGUGCAGAAGAUAAGGGAAGGGCUGCCAGAGCUACCCAGUGUCAAAAGAGACAGGCUGGUGCAAAUGUACGGCAUCCUGCCCGAGCACAGCUUCACUCUGGUGAAUGAGGAUGGGCUGGUGGAGUACUUUGAGGCGGUGUUGAAGGCGACCAAGAAGGAGCCGAGGAAGGUGAUUGGCUGGGUGACAAAUGAGCUGGUGGGCCACCUCAAACAGCAAGACAUGAGUGUGAACCAGAGCCCAAUCUCUCCUUCUGCCCUGGCUGAGCUGCUGGAACUCCAGGAAACAGGACAAAUCUCCUCUUCAGUUGCCAAGCAGGUGUUCCAGGAGAUGUGGAGGUCAUCAGGCAAGACGGCCCCGCAGAUCAUCCAGGAGCAGGACUUGGGUCUUGUUAGUGACACCGCACAGCUGCACAGCAUCUGCCAGAAGGUGGUGGACUCACACCCUGAUGAGGUUCACGCCAUCAGAAAUGGAAACAAGAAAGUUCUGAACAAGCUGAUGGGACUGGUUCAGAAAGAGACCAAAGGCAGAGCUGACCCAGUUUUGGUGAGAGCAAUUUUACAAGAGAAGACUUCAUGAAGGUCAGACUGUCCUGCAAGACCCAGCCAUAUCACAGACCGAGAGUCAGGUCAUGGCAUAUGUGACCUUCAUGAAAGACAAACAAUAUGACAAUGAUGUUGUAGAUCUGUAUGAAAAUGCAGAUAUAUUCCUGAGAGGUUGACAUUUUUGUAAAUACUAAACAGUGUUGUCACCAGACAACAGCCAUUAUCUUCUGUAUUUAUGUGUUUAAAAAGUAAUAAAGCUUUUCACAUUAA